UCGGGGCGUUCCCACGGAGCCGAGCGCGCCCCGAGCGCUUUUGGCCCUGCGGAGCCGCCGUGGCGGGGUCACGUGAGCGGUGCGGAAGUGGAGGCGAGCGGCGAUGGAGGGAACGCUGGAACAGCACCUGGAGGAGACCAUGAAGAGCCCGGCCGUGGUGGGUGUGCUGUGCACCGACUCACAGGGGCUCAACCUGGGCUGCAGGGGCACCCUGUCAGAUGAGCACGCUGGCAUCAUCUCCGUGCUGGCCCAGCAGGCGGCCAAGCUGACCUCGGACCCCACGGACACGCCCGUGGUGUGCCUGGAGUCAGACAGCGGGAACAUCAUGAUCCAGAAGCACGACAGCAUCACCGUGGCAGUGCACAAGCUGCUGUCCUGAGCCCUGGCACAGCUCUGCUCCUCCCUGCACUGCCACCCUCCCUCUGGAGCUCCUCACCUGGGAUGAAGGCUCUCCCUCCCUGCCUGCCUCUCCAGACCACAUUUCAGCCCUUGUGCUGCUGAGGAUGAAGCAUGGGCACCCCCCAGGCCCUGUAACAAGCACAUCCUGCUCUAUUUGCGGGGCUCAUUUGUUGAAAAAAAUCAAUAAAUUAACUGUAAAAACCUUC